AUGCGUAAAAGGCGGUCACCGAUUGGCGAAGACUUAAUACCACGACAACGUCGUCGUGACCUACAAAAUCGGCCGAUCAAACCCCUCUCCAAUGGUACUAGGAGGCGCACACGCUCUCUUCCUGCAGUGCGUCAACCAUUGCCAAUGCUGGAUAAGGAAGACCAUCUUGGUUGGCAAGAACCACUCUCAGUGUGGAACCAAAGUGCACCUCGAGUCUACAUAUGUGUUGUGCUCUGCUUUCCGUGCGAUAACCAUCGCCGACAAGAUGCAAUUCACCAUAUCGAAUCGGCUUUAAAACGUUUAGCACGAGAACGGCCCGUGUUCGCCGGACGGCUGCAGGCCAGUAGCAAUAGUGGUAGUGUAUCGCUUCAUCGGUCCCCACUACAAGACAUACCUUUCCAAGUCCUUCCCGCGAGCGAAUCAUGUCAGAGGGAAUAUUCACGAUUAAGAGACGAUGGGUUUCCGCCAGUAUCAAAAGUACAAGCAGAGUUUCCGCCCGGCGGGCUGUUACUUUCCAUAUUCUUACAUCACGGACUCGUAGAUGGCGGCUCCCUACGCGUCUUUCUAGAGUGUUUUGCCGCGCAAACUCGAAAUACCCCCAUUAACUUACCUUCUGACCAGACCUUUCCCAUCAUAAACACUCGCGGGCGCAGAGGCCCGAUACACAUGCACGACGUUUCUACGUUUAGAGGCUUAUUGGCAAGGUGUCCGGAAUAUACGAUGUUAGGCGACCUUAGCGGACCGACGCAACCACGAUUACUGAAGACGGGAAUGUCUAUGGCACGGAUUGAGAAGGUUGGCAAGAUAUUUGUCUUCACGAAUCAAAAACUACAAGAACUUCGAGAACUCAUUCAGUCACGAAACGGCACAACAGACCCUCCGUCGGCCUAUACUAGCUUGGCCGCCCUCGCUUUUGCGCAUAUCACCAGAUCUCGGGUUACGGCUGAGAAGUAUUUACCUGGAGUGCAGCCGAGACGAGUCGCCAUGUUAUGGAACUCAGUGAAUUGGAGGACGAGGGCUUUCCAAGGUGCGACAGAAAACUACUUUGGCAACGCAGCUUUGCCAGCAGUGACGAAAGCAUCGAUGGGUCAACUAACAGCGGCGUGUACGGACGAUAACGAACUUGCGCGUCUCGUUCCACUAAUCAAAGCGUCAAUUGAUGCGGUCGAUCAGGAAUAUGUGAGCCGGCGGCUUGCUAUGCUAUCAGAAGCGCCGGACCCACGCUUAGUAGGAGUCAACUAUGACCCACGGAUGUCUGAAGUGUUAGCCUUUAAUACAUGGCGGCAUUUUGGGGCGGAUGUUGAAUGGAGCAUUCCGGGGGUGCCCGUGGCUAGAGCGGACGCGAUUCGAAGGGCUCACGGAUCGUGGAACCUUGGUACGGCGCUCAUACUCCCAGCCAAGGCAGAUUCGAUGAAACAAGAACUUUUUGUGAGCUUGUCGGUUGACUCGAUGAGGCUGUUAUGCGCAGACAGCGGAUGGACGAGGUGGAUUGACAGGAUCAUAGGUUAA